GCCUCUCAACUCUCUUUCCCGACGUAAAGAUGGCUGAUCAGAAUAUCCGUGCGUUCCAAAAGCAGCUAGGUAUUAACCUAAACCGCAAGCAGGUGACCAAGAAGAAGGGCCUGCGUAUGCACCGCAGCAUUGGUCUCGGAUUCAAGACUCCCAAAGAGGCCAUCUCCGGUACGUACAUUGACAAGAAAUGUCCCUUCACCGGUCACAUCUCGAUCCGUGGUCGUAUCCUGACCGGCGUGGUACGUAAGUUGAAGAUGCAGCGUACGAUCGUGAUCCGUCGUGACUAUCUGCACUUUAUCCGCAAGUACGACCGUUUUGAGAAGCGACACAAGAACGUGAGCGUGCAUCUGUCCCCGUGCUUCCGCGACGUCGAGCCCGGAGACAUCGUGACUGUCGGAGAAUGCAGGCCCCUUUCCAAAACCGUUCGCUUCAACGUGUUGAAGGUCGCCAAGAUGGCCGGUUCCAAGAAGAAGUUCACCAGGUUCUAAAAUUUUAUUUGUGCUGGUGAUAAUGUACAACAAUAUUCAGCAUUGUGAGGAGACCGUGUUUGCGAUUGGAGCGGAGGAAUAAAGAUCGAAAAACUACAACAAAA